CACAAAUGCAUCUCAUUCUCACCUACUAAUAACUUGAAAUCUAUCUCAACGCAUUCAUUCGCAACUCUACCUCACCCCCCUUACACUGUAACGAUUUCACACGGCAGUCAAAACGGCAGGCAUACUAUUUGCAUCACCGAUCGCCGUGCGCUGGCCGGCUACAUCCAGACGUUUUCUCCGUUCCGUCUGCACUCACUCGGUGACUGCAUCGUCUGAGUCGCUUACACCAUCACCACACUUGGCCUCUCGGCUCACGCAUGCUACGGCAACCAUGAAAACCCGAAUCCUCAAAGUGCCGCUCGCCGGCAAAGACGAAUCUGCCCUCGGCCGCUGGGCGACCACGCGCCCGGACGGCACGGCCGACCUCAACACAUGGGAGGUGCCCUCAUCAUCAUCAUCGUCAUCAUCACCUUCUCCGGCGGACAACAACGAUGACCCCCUGGAACCCCUGCGCGAAGCAGCCCACCUGCUGCGCACCACGGCCACACCGGUCGCCUUCCCAACCGAAACGGUCUACGGGCUCGGAGCCGACGCCACCCGCUCCGCCGCCGUCAGGGGCAUCUACUCGGCCAAGGGCCGCCCGUCGGACAACCCGCUGAUCGUGCACGUCAGCGACCUGGCCAUGCUGCGGCGCCUCCUCCUCAACCUUCCCUCUCCUUCUUCUUCUUCCCCUGGAGAGGGAGAGGGAGAAGAACAGGGAGAAAGAGGAGGAGAUGAUCCAAUACCAGCCAUCUACCACCCGCUCAUCACGCGCUUCUGGCCGGGCCCGCUAACAAUCCUCCUCCCUCUCCCUUCCCCGUCCCCGCUCGCCCCGGAAGUGACAGCCACGCAGCGGACCUUUGGCGCGCGCAUGCCCGCCUCGGCCCUCGCGCGCUCGCUCAUCGCCCUCGCCUGCGCGCCCUUGGCCGCGCCGUCCGCCAACGCGUCCACCCGCCCGUCGCCGACCACGGCGCAGCACGUGAGGGACGACCUGGACGGCAAGAUCGAGCUGGUGCUGGAUGGCGGGGCGUGUGCGGUCGGCGUGGAGAGCACCGUCGUCGACGGGCUGUGCGACCCGCCCGUGGUGCUGCGGCCGGGCGGCGUGGGGAUUGAAGAGCUCAGGCGGUGUCCCGGUUGGGAAGGCGUGGUGAAGGCAUAUCGCGAUCGGGUGGCGGCUGAGGGGGGCAGAGAAGGGGAGGAGGAGGCGGCGCCCCGGGCGCCGGGGAUGAAGUACAAGCAUUAUAGUCCCAGGGCGAGGGUUGUUUUGUUUGAGAGUGGAGGGGACAAGGUGGGGGAUGGGGACGAGGUGAGGACCUUGGUGCAAGCCGAGACGCAGAAGAAGGGGGAGAAGACGAGGGCCGUCGGGGUUAUCAGGACUGGGAGGUGGCCUGUUGCCGGGGGCUUGGAAUGCUCUGGGCUGGGAGAGGUUGUUGUGGAUGGUGAAGGGGAGGGAGAUACAGGGUUUGUUGUGAAGGAGGGGCAGCUGCUUGGUGAAGACGGCACUGAGACGGCGGCGGCCAGGUUGCUGGAUGUUGAUCUGGGAGGGGAUGUUAAGGGAGUAGCCCACGGCUUGUUUGCAGCGCUUAGAGAGCUAGACCGGCGGGGUGCGGACGUCAUCUUCGUGGAAGGGGUUAACGAUGGUGAUGGCAUUGCGGCAGCGGUCAUGAACAGGCUCAGGAAAGCGGCAUCGGAUAUCAGGACCUAG